UCUGAGUUCUUUGCUGACGGCUCCUGUGAACCACAAAGGGACUUCAUGUGAAACAACAGCAUCAUGAGGCUGUGUGUAUCCCGACAGGGAAGGUGCUUGACGCAUGCACACAAAUAAUCGGUGUGCAUAGUCCAGAGCCCAAAGGAAAGAAACAAACCACGCAGGCUCUGACGGGUAAAUGAAAAUUGCAUUUUGGCAACGGCUUUCCCCAGUGCAAUGUGAAAACGACACAAGACCCAGAGGGCACAGACCAGAAAAGAAGGUGCCUGAGGUUUAUCAGGGCUGCUUUUGCAAUGGGCAGUGGGAGAUACUGCCAUUGGGCUGUGAAAAAGUCAAAAGCGCACCCAACAUAUACUCUUUUUGAAGUGUUCGUACAAUGCUUUUUGUCCGUUGAGAGAAGCACAUGUACUUGUGAGCUACACAAGCAGGAGGAAGGAUGGUCUUCUGGUUAAAACCCAGACCUGGGACUCAGUAGAUUCAGUGUUGUCAAGUCUCACUAUAUUUGAUGUUUUCCUUAAAGCCCCAGCUCCUGGAGUCAUAUGACUAGGUACCCCUACUGCAAAGGUAACAACCUGUCCUCCACCAGUAACAACCAGCAGAGUUUGAACCUGGAGCCAUCAAUGCUAAAAGCACAUGAGCUAAAGGGAUAAUUCCUGCAGUGAGCAGCAAUAGUAGGCUUUUAUCUCCUGUAUGAAACCACACCCACAGGCAGGAGGAGGCGACACAUAGCCCAUCCCCAGCUCUUCCACGCUUUGCAUGAUCAAACUGCUGGGGGAAAGGAGGGAUAAGCAGGGACAGAGGCCCAGAUCCUCAAGGGUAUUUAGAUCCUCCUAUUGAUUUCAGUGGGAAUUAGGCACCUAAAGACUUUUAAGGACAUGAACCAUCGAGACAAAUGGAUAGAGAUGGGGCUAGUCUGUGGAUCGGAAUAUGGACAUAUAAACAGAGAGACGUAAUGGGAAACAGGUGCCUUUGCCUGGUUAGCCUGCCAGGAGAUAAAGCACCAAAACCAACUACCAACGUUCCUUUGCCCUGGUGUUUCCGACCCACCAGAAAGCCCCCUGCCUUUGAGAUCUGCAGCUGCAAGAGGUCCGGAGGCCCCAGAGGAGAGGGGGUUUGGAGCAGAGCUUUCUGAUGUUCCCCAUCUCUAGGCACCCUGCAAGGAAGUGAGGAGGGGCAGGGUCUCAUUCCCCAACACAAGACUACAGUCCCGUCCCCAGGAUACCCUGCCUCUCCCCUCACCUCAAAAGACUCUUGAUCAUCAUGGUGGUGGUUGUGAUCAUAGUCUUGGUUGUGCUGGGUUUCCUCCUGAUGGGACUGCACAUAUCCGAGAAGCACACAGAAACUGUUUUGCGAAUGACUAUUCAGGGCCUGGAUGGGGAAGGGUCCUUGCAGCAGCUCUCCAUGAGUGGGAAAGAUAGGACAGGGACUUUUCACAUCAAGGCAGCAAUCAAUUCUUCAGCCACUGUUGUGUACGACUACCACCACCUGCUGAUCUGCUACAAAUCCUGGCAAGGCCGAGCCUGCUACAUCACCAAGAUGGACAAGGAGAACAUUCAGAGCCUGGAUACCAUUGCCAAGGUGUUCCAGCAUUUCCAGCUCGAACAGGGUGAAGAGAUGGAGGAGGUGGGGUUCCCUGUGCCCCAGGCCAAUCGCUCCAUUUUGGGCACUACAAUUAACAUCCUGUGCAGCAACGUUCCCAUCUACUGGGCUUAGCAAGGACUCAGGUCCCCGUGCAGUCUGAGCUCCGCAUCUCUGCUGUCACUUCCCAGUGAGAUGGGCGUGGCGCCCUUGUAUCCACAGUGCUGGGACUUCUCUCUUACAAUGAUGACUACAUUGUGUGUGUGUGCAAUCACCACACAGCUGGGCCUAGACUUGGCCCGUGGGCCGGCGGGUGGGUGGUUGCAUGAUCUCCAGCUAUUGCAAAGCUUUUGUUCUGUUGCCACACAAAGCAGCUGGGAAUUUUCAGGUGGCGCUUGCAAUAAAAUGAGAGUUUGAGUUUGUGCUUCUGUCUGAAAAGUAAAAUCUCCAUAGAACGAA